ACUCCGCGGAGCUUUUCCGUUUCCGGGCGACGUUUGUGAAGCUCAACAUGUCGCUGCUAGGUCGGGUGUUCUUUGCUCCGGGCCGCGGUCCUCGGCGGUUUUUCAGUUACGGAACACAAAUAUUAUAUCAAACCACUGACGCUUUUCAGUCUAAAUUCUUUCCACCUGUUCAAAAUGUGAUGCUACCACCAAACAGUUUCCAAGGAAAAGUAGCAUUCAUUACGGGGGGAGGCACUGGCCUUGGUAAAGGGAUGACGACUCAUCUGUCCAGCCUAGGGGCACAGUGUGUGAUAGCCAGCCGAAAAAUUGAUGUUUUGAAAGCUACUGCAGAACAAAUUUCUUCUCAAACCGGAAAUAAGGUUCAUGCAAUUCAGUGUGAUGUGAGGGAUCUUGAUAUGGUAAAAAACACUGUGUCAGAACUGAUCAAAGUCGCAGGGCAUCCUGAUAUUGUGAUAAACAAUGCAGCAGGGAAUUUUAUUUCUCCCACUGAAAGACUCUCUCCUAAUGCUUGGAAGACCAUAACUGACAUAGUUCUAAAUGGCACAGCCUAUGUGACACUAGAAAUUGGAAAGCAACUAAUUAAAGCACAGAAAGGAGCAACAUUUCUUGCUAUUACAGCCAUCUAUGCUGACACUGGGUCAGGCUUUGUAGUACCAAGUGCUUCUGCCAAAGCAGGAGUGGAGACCAUGAGCAAGUCUCUUGCAGCAGAAUGGGGUAAAUACGGAAUGCGUUUCAACAUGAUUCAACCGGGGCCUAUAAAAACCAAAGGUGCCUUUAGCCGUAUGGAUCCAGCUGGAGCAUUUGAGAAAGAAAUGAUUGAAAGAAUCCCCUGUGGUCGGCUAGGAACUGUGGGAGAACUUGCAAAUCUUGCUGUUUUCCUUUGUAGUGAUUAUGCUUCUUGGAUUAAUGGAGCUGUCAUUAGAUUUGAUGGAGGAGAGAAAGCACUUAUUUCAGGGGAAUUCAACAGUCUGAGGAAGGUCACCAAGGAGCAGUGGGACACAAUAGAAGGACUCAUCAGGAAGACAAAAGGCUCCUAAGACUACCUUGGCCUUCAUCUUGGUCAUAAUGGAAAUUGGACAGACUACCUAUAAUCUUUUGAAUAUUUUCAAGUCUAAUAGAGCCUAGUAGAUUGUUAAUUAGCAAACAUCAAGUGUGUAUUACGUGCCACGCCAAUGGUAGGUAGAUCUUGUGAUAAAUAAGAUAAAUAAGGUGGGAUAACAACCCUUCAAAGAAUUUUUUAAAAAUUAAAAAAAAAAGGGGGGGAAGGGAAUGAAGACUUUGAUAGAGGUAAAAAGUGCUUAGAAGUGCAAAGAAAUGAAUAGGUAUUUGUAACCUGGAAAAAUCAGGAGAAAUUAAUGGUGGAGGUAGCAUUUCAAUUACAUAUUAAAACCAUGUCUUUGGUGGUGAUGACUAAAAGGAAAUAGAGGAUUUACAGAAAUCUAAUGGACUUUGUCUUUUCAGUGUGUUUCCUUUUCAGUGGACUGAUGAAUUGUCUUCUUCAGAGAGCUCAAUAUUAAUUCAAACAAGUUUUUGCCAAAACCUAUUUUGUAGCCAGAUGCUUUAUUUGGUACUGAGAAUAAAACAUGAAUAAUCUA